AUCAGCUGACUGGGGAUUUUUUGGCGGCAAUAAAAAAUUUACGAAAAGUGAAGUUGAAGCAAAGUCGCAGAAAAUAUACAUAAGAAAAAAAUUACGAAGUAUCGAAUCAUCGCUAGAAAUGCCGGAGUAUACAAUCUCGGGGAUAACAGUGCAUUUCCCUUUCGAACCCUACGAUGUACAGACAGCGUAUAUGGAAAAGGUAAUUACUUGCUUGCGCGAUGGCACAAAUGGAGUAUUGGAAUCCCCAACAGGGACAGGUAAAACGUUGAGCCUUUUAUGUGCAUCUCUGGCUUGGCUGCUAUCACGUAAAUCCGAAAUGCAAUCAUUAGUGCAACUCCACGCAAGAGGUGGCGCUGCAGCUCAGCAAGCAGUGAACGAAUUCAAUGCAAUGCAGGCGAGAAACGCUAACUGGGGCGUUCCAAAAAUUAUAUACGCCUCCCGUACGCAUUCUCAAUUAACACAAGCAAUGCAGGAGUUGAAGCGUACCUCGUACUCGUUUAUGCGCGCUGUGGUGUUGGGCUCACGGGAUCAACUGUGCAUUCACCCAGAAGUUAUGCGCGAACAAGGCAAUUCCAACAAGGUGCAACUUUGUAAAUUGCGCAUACAGACGCGAACUUGCACAUUCUAUAAUCGCGUCGAGUCAAAGAAAGACAGUCCUGAAUUAAAAGAAUCGUCCGUAAUGGAUAUAGAAGAUUUGGUGCGAGUGGGGCAAAAACUCAAAGUAUGCCCAUAUUAUGUAUCCAAAGAGUUGACCAGCGAUGCGGAUAUCACGUUUAUGCCGUAUAACUAUUUAUUAGAUCCGAAAGCACGUAAAGCUAAUAAAGUGGAGUUGAGCAAUACAAUUGUUAUAUUGGAUGAGGCACACAAUAUUGAAAAAAUUUGCGAAGAAUCGGCAUCAGUGCAAAUACGCUCAUCGGACAUAGCGUUGGCAAUCGACGAUGUGACGCAUGUGAUGAAAUCAAUGAUGAAUGAAAAUGCAUUGGAUUUUAUGAGCAGUGAUGAACCAAAAGAUUUUAAAUUGGAGGACUUAGCAUUACUUAAGGAAAUGUUGUUGGAUCUGGAGAAGGAGAUUGAUAAUAUUAUUGUUGAAAACGAAGCAGAAGGAACAACAUACCCCCCUUCGUUCCUGUUUGAGAUAUUGGCAGCGGCGAAAAUAACACCAGUUAUAGCGCCAGCCACCAUAAGUUUACUCGAAAGACUCGUUCAAUACAUGACUGUUCAGUCACAAGGUAGUGCCUUCCGUAAAGGUGGUUCUUUUGAAAUGAUUUCUAAUUUACUAAGUGUUGUAUUCAUCAAGAAGGAUGAUCUUAUAGCAAAAGUCCACAAAAGUUUUAAAGUUCAUGUACAAAUUGAAGAAAUUAAACAGCAGCAUAAAGGUUCUAAUAAGGAUGGUUGGCUAUCAAAGGCGCCUAGUACUAGUACGGUUUCGUCGAAAUUACCCAAAGUUAUUAACUAUUGGUGCUUCAAUCCUGGUUUCGGUAUGGAACAACUUUUGAAUACACAAGUACGCAGCAUAAUUUUGACAAGUGGCACCCUUGCACCGUUGAAACCAUUAAUAGCUGAACUAGCGGUACCAAUCGCACAAAGCCUCGAAAAUCCACACAUUGUUAGUCAGUCGCAAGUUUUUGUCAGAAUCAUUGGUACUGGACCUGACCGCGAGCAGCUCAUAUCGAACUUUGCAAAUCGUGACAAUCCUAAGUAUCUGAGCUCAUUGGGUCAAACAGUACUCAAUGUGUCACGCAUAGUGCCGGAUGGUUUGCUCGUUUUCUUCCCUUCCUACCCUUUGCUCAACCAGUGCGUAGACGCUUGGCAGGCCAGCGGUCUUUGGGCUGAGGUGAGUAGGCAUAAACCAAUUUAUGUAGAACCACGAAACAAAGAGAGCUUUACUACGUCUAUGGAGGAGUUCUACAAAAGCAUACGUGAUGCAAAGGGCGCUUGUUUCAUGGCAGUAUGCCGUGGAAAAGUAUCCGAGGGUCUCGAUUUUGCAGAUCGCAAUGGACGUGCAGUUAUCAUAACGGGGCUUCCAUUUCCACCACUCAAAGAUCCAAAAGUGAUUUUAAAGAAACGCUAUUUGGAAGAUAAUCGCACGAAAGAGAACGAACUAUUAUCAGGCCAAGCAUGGUACAGCUUAGAGGCUACUCGUGCUGUGAAUCAGGCAAUUGGACGUGUCAUUCGUCAUCGGCACGAUUACGGCGCCAUUCUGUUGUGUGAUGUACGUUUUGCGCAGCCUAGUCAGGUGUCCCAAUUAUCGAAAUGGGUUCGCGGUUAUUUAGGCGCCUCUCCCAAAAGCGUGCCAUUCGGUUCGAUUGUGCGAGAAUUGCGCGAAUUCUUCCGGAAUGCUGAUAAAACUUUACCCAAACCAAAAGAGCGUAGCAUAGAGACGCUUGUGAGCGAAACAUGUGAAGAAGCUGGCAUCGUGCAGAGUCGGUACUUCUCAGACCCUAAAUUAGUGCUUGAAGCAAAAAGUAAAUUUGCCACAGCGCAAUCUAUGGCAAUGAAGGUCGAGAAAACCAAUUCGAUUGAAGGCUGGACCCCAGAUGACUACAAAACAGCCGCAGGCCGCUCACAAAGUAGUAAAGUACCGAGCGCAAUGGACUUCAUGAGUCGACUGGACACCAACGUAAAGGCUAUAGAUUUCAAUAGUACCAACUGCAGCAAAGCCUCGGGUCAGGUUAGCAUAUUCAAGCGUGAGCGAAACUCACCGACUACAAGCCCGAGCAGUAGUUCAAGCGCCCUCGCCGCCAAUAACAAGCGAAAACGCUAUAAAUUGGUUACGGGUACCACCACAAUGCCUGAUUCGCCAACCACCAGUACACAAUCAACACUCGGUGAAUUUAGUUUCAAAUCCAAAUCAAAACUAACCAAUGACACUCCAAUGGUAGAGAAGGAGGCGCCACAGGAGCGAGUAGAGUUCUUGAGAAUACUGCGAAGUUCGCUAUCACCAGACGAUUUUAGUGCUUUUACCGCAGCGCUAAUGGCAUAUAGUCGUCAGGAUGAAUUUGAGGAAUUUCUUAAAGUUUUAGUACGGGUAAUGGGCAAGCCCGAAUUACAUUAUAUGUUGCGUGGCAUGCGACGAUUUAUAAAAUGUGCGCAUAAAGCUAUGUUUGACGAGGGUACUGCGCAUAUUUUAGCAUAAUUUGUUUAAGGUAGAAUUAUUGGUGGGAGGGGAGACUUUUCUUUUGUUUUUUCGCACCAAAACAAAAACAAACCGUAUCUACUAUACUUUAUUUUUAAUCAGAAUUAAUUUUUUAUAUAAGUAUGUGUGUAUGUAUUAUUUUUUAUGUUUUUAUGCGAAAAUGUUCAAUCAUUUAAUAUGCCUACCGGAUUUUUUUUUUAUUACUGUGCCAUGCUUACGAUUUUUCGAAAUAUUAACAAAUAUAACGCCAUGUGAACGUAUCUAUAAAAAAAUAAUAGAGUAUUUUUACUCAAUGUGCUGGAAAUGUUGUGUUGAUAUUCUUUGGCCGAUAUAAAAAAACUAAACCGCGCUGAAAUUAGUAAAUCCACUAAAUUUUGUCA